GUCCGCUCCAGCCGCCACUCUUCUCCUACGUCCCCCUCCCUUCCCCGCCCGCCGGCGACCGCACCUACUCCCUGCCGCCUGCGUCCUGGACUCGUGCCUCUCCUCGCGUGCGUGCGUGCGUGCGACCACCGCCUGGGGGGAGUAGGCGCGCGCAUGGCGGCGACCGCGGCGGCGUCGCUCCGCUAUUUCCCUUCCUCCCUCAGGAGCCGUAGCCCCGCCGCCGGGGCUGCACCCGCACGCGGUGGCCUCGUCAGGCUCUCCUCGCGGCGGGCCCCCUUCGCGGCCGGCGUGGCGGCGCCGUCGCGGGAGGCGGAGUCGGCCGCCUCGCUGGGGGACCUCACCCGCGUCGACUUCCCUAUCCUUCACCAGGAAUUUGAUGGUUCCAAAUUAGUUUACUUCGACAAUGGUGCAACUUCACAGAAACCUUCUUGUGUAAUGAAAACUUUAGAUGAGUAUUACCGGUCUUACAAUUCGAAUGUUCAUCGUGGAAUUCAUGUUCUCAGUGCAAAGGCUACCGAUGCAUAUGAGAGUGCAAGAACAAAAGUUGCAAAUUUUGUCAAUGCAACUGACAGUAGGGAGAUUGUUUUCACUCGUAAUGCUACUGAAGCUAUCAAUUUAGUAGCAUAUUCAUGGGGCCUGUCCAACUUGAAACAAGGAGAUGAGAUUGUUCUUACAGUUGCAGAGCAUCAUAGUGCUAUUGUUCCAUGGCAAUUUGUUUCCCAGAAGACUGGUGCUACCUUAAAGUAUGUUGGGCUAACUAAAGAAGAAGUUCCAGACAUUGAACAGUUGAAAGGCCUUCUGUCAAAUAAGACAAAGAUUGUUGUUGUCCAUCAUGUCGCAAAUGUGCUAGGUUCAAUGCUUCCUAUUGAGGAUAUUGUAGCAUGGUCAAACAAAGUUGGUGCUAAAGUUCUUGUUGAUGCUUGCCAAAGUGUUCCUCAUAUGCCAGUCGAUGUUCAAAGGCUUGGUGCAGAUUUUCUUGUUGCAUCCUCACAUAAGAUGUGUGGCCCUACAGGCGUUGGAUUUUUGCAUGGAAAAAUUGACCUCUUGUCAUCUAUGGAGCCUUUCUUAGGUGGUGGUGAAAUGAUUGCAGAUGUGUUCCAAGACAAAUCAACAUAUGCUGAGCCUCCUUCUAGAUUUGAGGCUGGAACACCUGCAAUUGGAGAAGCUAUAGGAUUGGGAGCAGCAAUUGAUUAUUUAUCACAAAUUGGCAUGCAGAAGAUCCAUGAGUAUGAGAAAGAGCUGGCGACAUAUCUUUAUGAGAGCCUUAUUUCUGUUCCAAAUGUUCGGAUCUAUGGUCCAGCUCCAUGCCAAACUGAUCACCGUGCCCCACUAUGUUCUUUUAAUGUUGAGAACGUUCAUCCGACAGAUAUUGCAGAAAUUCUUGAUCUCCAGCAUGGCGUAGCAAUUCGGUCAGGCCAUCAUUGUGCACAGAUUUUGCAUCGAACUCUUGGUAUCAAUGCAAGUGCUCGCGCUAGUCUUCACUUCUACAAUACCAAAGAGGAGGUGGAUGUAUUUGUCCAUGCGCUGAAAGAUACAAUUGAUUUCCUUACUUCUGAGCACUAGAACCACUGUUUGAUUUCCAUCCCGCCCUUUAUACUAGUUUUGGCUUGUCUGUCUAACCGAGCGGUCAUACACAUGUAUUAAACUCGCUACUUUUCUUUCCUUUGGCCUUUCUUGUAAAUCAAGUCUUUUUUUUAUCUUCUAUUUUUCCCCAUCCCUGAAUUUUUGCAGAAGCUGAAUUGGUACAACAGAGAUUACUUGCAUGUUUAUCCUUGAAUGCAGCAAGCUCUUACGAAUGCUCAUGAGUCAUGACUCAUGUCCUGAAGGUUUAUUUUGUGAACUAUGUGUACCGGCAUGUACUCUUGGUUUAAAACAAUUAUAUGUACAUCCUCUUGAUUGCAGGUUAUAAUAAACGCUUGGAAUA